GUCAUUGUCAAGUUUGAAGUGUCAAGUGGCAAGGAUUUGAAGAAGGCGUAUUGUUCGAUAUUUUUAAUUAUUUCAAUAGUUUAUACUGCUGCAAAUAAUAAAAUAGAAGAAAUAAUGGACGACGAUUUACCAACCGACUUCCAGGUGAUCGUCGUGGGGACGGGCAUGGUGGAGUCAAUUGUUGCGGCAGCUUGCAGUAGGAUAGGCAAGAAUGUCCUCCACCUGGAUUUGAGUGACCACUACGGUGGUCUCUGGGCAUCAUACAAUUUUGAUGGUCUCCAGAAGUUCAUCAAAGAAGUCAACUCAGAUCCUAAGAGAGACCUACAAGUGUAUAACUUGUGUGAAAAGUGGUACAUUGAGAAGGAAUCUCCCGAAGCUAAGGAUGGCGGUGAUGAGAACAAAACAGAUGACAGCAAAGCAGAGCCAGCCAAGAAGACAUGGAGCCAAAGUGACUUCACCGCGGAAUACAGGAAGUUCAACAUUGACAUGACACCUAAGCUUCUCUUCUCCCGUGGACCACUAGUAGAAUUGUUGAUAUCUUCAAACAUCGCUCGUUACGCCGAGUUCCGUUGCGUCACGCGCGUGCUGACGUGGCUCAACAACCGGCUGAUGCCGGUGCCUUGCUCCCGGGCUGACGUGUUCGCCACCGAAGCCGUCACCACGGUCGAGAAGAGAAUGCUCAUGAAAAUGCUCACUUCUAUCGUCGGCUACAAUGAGGAUGAAAUGAACAACGAGUUUAAAGAUUGGAACGACAAGACAUUCCAAGAUUACCUAAAGCACAAGGGUUUGACGCCGAACCUCAUCCACUACGUGUUAUUCGCAAUCGCGGGUGGCAACAACAACAUGCCUUGCCUCGAGGGAGUCAAGGAGUGCAAGAAGUUCCUCAUGAGCCUCGGUCGAUACGGCAACACGCCUUUCCUCUGGCCCAUGUACGGAAGCGGCGAGCUGCCCCAAUGUUUCUGCAGGUAAGUCGAUGCAUUGUUGUUUUUGC